CUGCCAUGAUGGAGAAUGGUUUCUCCUCUCCCCGGAAUGAUUCGUUUCCUGCUGGUCUCCGUGUUCUCGUUGUCGAUGAUGAUCCCACCUGGUUAAAAAUCCUUGAAAAGAUGCUCAAGAGAUGCUCUUAUGAAGCUGGUUAGAGUAAUUAGAAGGUUUAUUGAUGUUUGCUCCACUUGCCAACUAAACUAAUGAAAGUAUGAUACACAGAGACAAUGAUUAUAUCUUCCAAAAAGUUGAGUCUGAACUCCACGGAGUUUUAUUAUUCUAGGCAUUAGAUGAUGAUAACUUACAAGUAUGAUUGAUGGUUAGUGCAGAUUUGUUUACUUUAUGAGACAGCAUGAUUAGGAACUACAAUCAUUUUGAUCUGCUACAACGUAUUUCAUCGAACUUCUUCAAUAUGUAGCACUAUAAGGAGCAGUUAAUGGUAGGAAUUAAUGUGUUGGAUUCUUGAUGGAAUGUUAAUGUAUCACCAAACCUAUUGAAACGGCACCGACUUGGCAAGGAAUUAUAGCUCAUCUCAACUUGUUUAAUUUUUAUCUUCUGAGGGUAUUUAAUUACCUCAGCUGUAGUAAUCUCAAGUGUGAUGAGAUUGAAUAAUCUGUCUGUCUGGCAACGUUGUUGGCUUUUAUGUGUUGAUGGUUCCGGUCAUAGCUAUCAUUGUAGCAAAUGUUGUUGCCAAUUAUAUUUGCUGUUUAAAGUGAUUCUGGUGUUGAAGACCCAAAUAAUGAUAAAGACAAAAUCAUGAUUCGAUUAACACAAAUAUUAAUAGAUAUAAAAUGUAUGAAAUUACAAGAUUUUUAAGGAUAUUUAACAAAAUAAAUUUUGUUUCACCACAGAACUAAUAAGCAUCGAUUUCCGAAUUUUGAUUUCAGGCCAUGUAAACUACUUCCGUGGCUGCUUUUUCUUUUGUUUUUUUCCCUUACCAAAAACUUAAUGGAAGUGUAGUGGGUGGAAAAGCACCUCCAUUGCAGUUCCAAACACAUGCUAAGCUGAGCUAAUCAUUUUAUAUGCUAGCAUUAAUGUGCCCUGGCAUUUUCAUUCUAUCUAGAAGGAUAUGCUUCAUUAAUGCAAUUCCCUAUAAGUUCUUAAGCACUUAAAGUCAACGUGGUUUAUGUUUUUUAUGCCUUUAACAUCAUGAUGUUCUUCUUACUUUUUUAGUAGUUCAUAUCCUCGCAGUAUUAUCUUGUUCCGUGAAAAUAUCAUUCUAUAGCAAGAUUCUUGGCUUUUGACCAUAUGUGGAGUGUUUCACAUUUUCAUUUGGAAUGCUUUGUUUAGUGACCACCUGCGGUUUGGCAAGAGAUGCUUUGAACCUGCUCCGUGAGAGGAAAGGUGGAUAUGACAUUGUAAUCAGUGACGUCUACAUGCCUGACAUGGAUGGUUUCAAACUGUUAGAGCAUGUUGGACUGGAGAUGGAUCUUCCCGUAAUUAUGAUGUCUGUUGACGGAGAGACGAGCAGGGUGAUGAAAGGUGUCCAACAUGGAGCUUGUGAUUAUCUUCUUAAGCCUAUACGAAUGAAAGAACUCCGGAAUAUAUGGCAGCAUGUAUUCAGAAAGAAAAUACACGAGGUAAGAGAUAUUGAAAUUCUCGAAGGGAUCGAAAGUUUUCAAAUGAGUAGAAAUGGAUCAGAUCAAUAUGAGGAUGGGCAUUUUCUCUGUGGAGAAGACCUUACUUUGAUAAAGAAAAGAAAAGAUAUCGAAAGCAAGCACGAUGAAAAAGACAUUGGUGAUAAUACUUCUGCAAAGAAAGCUAGAGUAGUUUGGUCUGUAGAACUUCAUCAGAAAUUUGUCAAAGCAGUAAAUCAGAUAGGAUUUGAUAAAGUUGGUCCAAAGAAAAUACUUGACUUGAUGAAUGUGCCGCGUUUGACAAGGGAAAAUGUCGCUAGCCAUUUGCAGAAAUACCGUCUGUAUUUGAGUAGAUUGCAGAAAGGAAACGAUUUUAACAAUCCCGUUGGUAUGAUAAAGCAGUCGGACUCACCUUUGAGUGAUUCUGCUGGAAGUUUUGGCUCUCAGAAUUCAAUCAAUUUGCAGCCAACUGAUGUUUCAAAUGGGUGCUAUGGAUUUUCUGUCAGUAGCUUGGUUCUUCACAAUGUGGAUCCCAGAAGCCACGAUGGUGAUAGAAAGAUACUUGUUACAACGCCUGUGGCAGAACCCAAAAGAGGCUUAACAGUUGAUGCUCCCAAUCCUCGUAAACCCAGGAUUUCACAGAUGGAAUUUGGUCAUCCCCUUGCACCUCAUUUUAAUGAUGGGUUUAGCCACCUACCAAUGCCUGGUCAGAAGCAGCUUACACGAGCUGAUUAUCCACAGCCUGCUCGAGCCAUCAGUUCUGCACCUUCCUUGACAGAAAGAGAAAUUGGUUGCCCUGUCAAAAUUAAGCCUUCACGUAAUGACUACGGCAGCAAUGCCAGCCAUGUAAGUUCAACAGCAAAUGCAGUUGACUCUAUCCCUCUUCAAACGAAGACCAACUCGACAAAUCAUCAAGUGUCAAGCACUUCUAGUAUGGAAAAUCAAGGCUUGAAUAUCAUAUGCCUUACAGAUGUGGAAUCUUCCAGAAAAAACAUAAAUUUGGGAAUGCCGCCUUUCACUCCUUUGGAUGAGGACUUGCAAGUACGUUUUGUUCCAGGUGAUUACUAUAUGAAUCUCGGGCUCCAAAACAUAGAGGUUCCGGAAUAUUUUGACCCAAGUCUUCUCACAGACGUACCGAUACACUUGAAUGAUGGGCUGAGGUUUGACUAUGAGUUCUAUGACCCCACAGAAUAUUCUCUAAUAGAUCAAAGCUUGUUUAUAUGAUGAUCUCCGUCUCCCUUCAAUGAUGAAGGAUCACCUGGCUUAUCUUUUUCUGUACCAAUAUAUUAGAGGGGUAAUCUAACUCUGGGUUGGGAUCUUAUAGUUUCGAUCGGUCUGGUCUUGCAUGUUGAAACAUGUAUAAGCAUAAUAAGGUUCCCUUUUCAUGUCCGGCUCAGCUGGUACCUGCAUUUCUCUCUGCUGCAUGCUGCAACUCUCUUAUUCCUUGCAAAUUUUGUAAUUACAUGUUAUUUGCUGCUGGAAGUUGAAAUCUGAUCUUCGCACAUCUCAUUCUGAUGCUUUAACUGGAA